AUGGCUGACGAGAAAAUCCCCGAGAUGCACCUCCACCACCUCAACCCACCAUUCUCACCCCGUCCAAUUCCCCCGGAACCUCCAACUCUCCCUUCCUCCUCAUCUCCCACCUCUCCCGCCCCACAUGUUGCCCUCGACACGGCGACGUCGCUCCCACUUUCCCCGCUGGCCUCCCUUCCCACCAUCGCAGGUAAAGGAAACGCCUGCUACCUCGCCAAUUCGGAUAUCCCCCAGUUCCUCGCCUCAGACCUCGAUCUCUCGCGCCUAAACAGAAUCCACUCGCAUCUCUGGAUGGCUGGACGACCUAUGCGCGCGCGUCCUCUCCACCGCUACCGCAUGCUGGGCUACGAAGUACUGGGCACAAUGCAAAUGGAUCUGCAUUUGCUCAAGUUCUCAAAUGAGAUCCUAAUCAAGCCGUUGCCAGAAUGGAUGGUUAGCUACGAGUUCUGGGCGCAGUACUUAUGCCACGACGGAGCGGGCGACCUGCACAAAAGCGCCUGUGGUUGGCUGCUGAGCUACAUCUGGCUUAUCACUACGCCGCUGGACCUCAAAUUUGCGCACGAGCACAGUCUGCUCCCAAGUUUCGUCACGUGGAUGUGGUGGAAAGAGUUUGUCGCGGAUUUUGUGUGCCAUGUGGAUGUCAAUGCGCUGGAUCAGGUGAACAUGCGGUACCAAUUUGGCGACUUGCGUCUCGGGCGCAUCAAUUCGAUUUACCGGUUUAGAUUCUGUUUCACGCAUUUUGUGCGCGGAUAUCUCUACGGGUAUAAUCGCUACGUGGUGUUUUUCGAGCGGAAUUUUAGCUGGAUCUUGGUUGUUUUUGUGUUUUUCAGCCUGGUGUUGAGCGCUAUGCAGGUCGGUGCUGGGCUGGAUGAGCUCAAGACCAACCAUGCAUUUCUGCAGGGGUCGUAUGUGUUUGUGGUGUUCAGUAUGAUGAGCGUUGUGGCUGUUUUGGCAGUUGUGUGCGUGUUCUUUGUAGUAAUAUUUCUGUUUAACAUGGCGGCUGCGAUUGGGCAUGCGAAGAGCGAGCAAAAGAAGAGGAAAAAGAUGGCGGAGGGGAGAAGCCAGGGGAAGGAAGUGUGA